AUGUAUGUUUACUUGUCUAAAAAGAUUGCGAUUCCCAACAAUGUCCGUGUCGAGACAUUAGCAUGGGACAACGAAGCAAGCUGGAUUGCUGUAGGAGGUGCCAACGGGCUGCUCAAAGUCCUCAAACUAGAAGAUGCCCCUGGAGAUCAAUCAAACGCUGCUGCAUCAAAUCUAUCCAUGAACCAAACAUUGGAAGGACAUCACAGCACCGUCGUAUGCUCAUUAUGGAAUAGUUUACAUUCGAAACUCACUACAAGUGACGAAAAUGGAAUUAUUAUUGUUUGGGUCUUGUAUCGUGGCAUUUGGUAUGAGGAGAUGAUCAAUAAUAGGAAUCGGAGUGUUGUUGUGGCCAUGUCGUGGGAUCGUGAAGGGACGAGGAUAUGUAUUGCGUAUGAAGAUGGUGCUGUAAUUGUUGGUGGUGUGGAUGGAAACCGUUUGUGGGGGAAGGAGCUUAGAUCCAUUCAAUUGGCACAUAUGACAUGGACACCGGAUGGUAAAAACAUACUCUUCGCAUCAGUUCAAGGUGAUUUGCAACUGUACGACGGAGAAGGAAACUUUUUGAGCAAAGUUGCCGGACAUGGAAACACGAUGGGAUCUCUAAUCAAGAUUGCUACAGUCGAUUGGUACAAUGGAGCUCUUGGAAUACCAGAUCCUCAGCGCCCCGCGUUAGCUAUACUAUACGAAAAUGGCAGGCUCCAGCUCAGUCGUGACGAGCGUGAUCCCAGUCCUAUAUUGAUUGAUACCCUUUUAAAACGACCAAAGGCCAAAUGGUCAUCCAAUGGUUCCAUCAUAGCAGUAUCAGGUAUACAAGUGCCUGUAACAACAGGAGCAAAUGCGCCAAAGGAACUCGCCGUAGUCCAGUUUUAUGAUGCUUUUGGUGUUUAUCUACGAACUUUGAAGAUUCCUGGAGCAUACAUCUCAGCUUUAGCUUGGGAUCGCUCUGGAGUCAGACUUGCGGCUUCAGUAGACAAUUUUGUCUACUUUGCCAAUAUUCGAUUAGAUCAUUUAUGGGGUACUCUCGCCAGAGACGUGAUUGUUUAUGGACAUAAUCGUGGCAUUGCCGGUGAAACUUUGCAGUUUUGGAAUUGUCGGACUGGAGAACGAAAUGCUAGGGCUGUCAUCAAGCUGAAAACUGUUACGGCGUAUGGUCAAUUGUGCGCUGCAGUGUCUGCCUCCGAAGAUGGUGCUGAAUCGCAACAGCUUACGAUAUAUAAUGCCAUUGGAAACUCGGUUCACACGUGGCAGGUGCCGUUUAGUCCCAAUUUUCUGAUAUUGAACAAGUCUACUGCUUUUGUUGCCAACGAGGCAGUCUUUUCCAUUUGGCAGUUCAAACGCCAAGCCAAAGUGCUUGAUGACGAGAAUUUUGAUCCAAGAAGAAGGCAAAGUACAGAGAAAGAACGAGCAUUCCAUAUCGACAUGUUGGGAAACGGCAACGCUGAUACCACCCCUUUAGCUGAACUGUUGAAGUUGCCGCCAACUUCAGAUCCAAUUAGUUCAAUAUCUUGUAAUGAUUCGCACCUCGUAAUUGCUCGAAGGUCUGGAACAAUCAUUCGCAUGCUCCUACCAACCUUAACCGUAGACUCAGCAUACUCGUUACCCUUCCAUCCACACCUGAUUCGAAUAAACCAAAAUGGAAAUCGUGUCGGUAUUGUUGACUCGAACGGCAUUCUGAGGAUAUUCGACUUUGGACAUAAUGGAGCAACAUCAAAUGGAUUGCCUACUGGAGUCUCUGAAAAUGCCUCAUCAAAACCACUUGAACCAAGAUUGUUGCCUGUUGAACGAAAGGAUGUAUCGGAUAUGCGAUGGUCUGAUGAUGAUCCUGAGCUCUUUGCAUGUACAGAGAAGAGCAAAAUUUGUGUUAUUACUGGAUCUGAUGCUGAGGAACCAGUUCCGUGUUUGGGAUACAUCUGCGGUUUGGGAAACUUGGAAGUCACCGCAGUGCUUUUGGAUGAGCUGGUGCGAGACCCUGAGCAUCCUACCAAGAAUCACAUACUGCAUUUUGAGUCAAAGCGAUUGCGAGAGAUGAGAGCACUUUUCGCUGAAUCUGGCCUAGAUGCUGCUUUACAGUAUGCCUCUGCGAAUCCUCACCCACGACUAUGGAAAUUGGUUGCAGACGCUGCUCUAGAACAGCUUGAUUUUGCUACUGCUCAGAAGGCAUCUGUGCGAUGUGGUGACUUUCAGUCGCUUCAAAUCAUCAAGAGGCUUCUCAAGAUGGACGACAAGGCAAAACAACAAGCAGAGAUUGCUGCUUUGAAAAAUGAUCUAGAUACUGCGGAAAAGAUUUACUUGUCAAUGGAUCGUCGAGACUUGGCACUAGAUUUGCGAACAAGGGUGGGAGACUAUGUUCGAGUUGCUCAGUUGGCUCGUGGUCCUGGAGCACAAGGUGCAGCCGACGAUGCCAGAGUAGAGGCAGCAUGGAAGGCUAUAGGUGACCAGUAUCGUGAGAAGCAAAUGUGGGCGCAAGCUGCCCUCUAUUAUAAGCAAAGCCGAACUUUGGAUCGGUUGGCAGAAUGUCGAUAUAUUUUGGAAGAUUUUGAAUCCCUGUCGUCUAUGGUUGAUGAAGUUCCAGAGUCAAGUCCUCUUUUAAGGGAUAUUGCAAUCAAGUUUGCAUCUGUUGGAAUGUGUGAUCAAGCUGCUGCUGCUUAUCUAAGAGCUGGUGAUGCGAAAUCGGCUGUAGAUACUUGUGUGCAACUGAAUCAGUGGAAUACCGCAAUUGAGAUUGCAGAAAAUCAUCGCAUGAAAGAGGUGAACGGAUUGCUAUCCCGGUAUGCUGAACGUUUACUUUCAGAUGGAAAGCUAUUCGAAGCCAUCUCGUUGUAUCGGAAGGCAAAUCAAUGCCUCAAAGCUGCUGGGCUUCUGUAUAAGCUCGCUGAUGAUGUGGCUCGAAAUGAUCGAGACUAUCUUCGGUUGAAAAAACUGUACAUUCUAGCUGCUCUGGAGAUAGAGAGGCAUCGAGACUUGCUCAAGGCUGGCAAAACACAUGGUCCUGCCAAGGACGGCAUAAGUGCAGCUGUAGCAGGAGAAUUCAACAUCCCCACAUCUACUGCUCGCCACUUUGAUAAACCGUGGAGGGCGGCUCUAGCAUAUCACCUGUUCCUGUUAGCUCAAAGGCAGCAUGCCACAGGUCAAUGGGAAGCAGCAACGAGGACGUGUACUCGUCUCGCUGAAUACCAUGAUGUGUUUGGGAAUGAUGAGAUGCGACGGCAGGUCACUUCUUUGCUAUGUUUGUCUGCUAUACGGUGCGGUCGAUUAUCUACGGCCUCUAAGGCUCUUGGUAAAUUGGAGGCUACUGGGAAUCCGGAUAGUGCUAAAUUUGAGGAGUUGGCUGUGGCGAUAUUUUCCAAAUUUGCUCCAGUUGAUCCAGCUACGCAACAAAUCACUUUUCAAGUUCUUGCCCGGUCUGCCAUCAUCAUUUUGCUCCUUGUAUCGCCUCUGGAGCUCCUAUCGUAG